AUAUUUUACUCGCAGAAUUACUAUAUAUUUAUCAACAAAGUAGUUCAUACUACAGCGAUGAAAAAUAUAAAGCGUCGUAUUUAACGCAAACCUUGGUUAAACCAGGGUUAGUUGACACAUGUGCACUUGUAUAAUAUGUCCAAAUGGACAUGUUUUGUGGAAUUCCCCUUCAUUUGGUAAAAUAUUAUCGCAGUGGGCCAAGAUCGUCCCUCGUUUUGACAGUCAUUUGCUAUUCGUACUGGAGCUCUAGAAUUUUACUGUUUUUAGUGAUCGAGGUAGAAGAACUGCUUGAAAAUGAAACUUCCAACAUUGAAACAAAAUCAAGCAUGGCAGAAGAGAAACAACGACGCCAGGUUGAAGAUAGCUUGAUGAAAUUGAACGUAGUUGAAGCACCUAGCAUACGCUCGAGAGUUUUGGAUGAGGACUCGUCAACCACUGAAAACAUGAAUGAGUCCAAGCAUGUUUACGACGAUAAAGGCUCUUGCGAGGCAACUUUUCAAACGAAGUUUGUGGAGUUGGGUCAUCCUCCAGUUGGAUGUUGCUCUCUAACUGUACCAAAUUUUUUUGGUCAUUCACAGUGCCUUCGAGAAACAGACGUUGAUGGUCAACAGUAAUAUACAAGAACUUGAGAAUAAAAAUCACGAGGAAUGCGAUUUGUUUCAAAAGUACAUCAGCAACGAUGAUAUUUUGGAUGGCAUCGUAAGAAGAUGGUGGACGAGCUUACAGGAAUGAUUUACCAUCAAGGUAUAUUUACGAUCAGACUUAUGGCGCGUGCAAAUAUUUAUUGUACAUAUAGGAUAUUGUGUCCCCAAUGAUCCGUUUGUAACCUUUACGCAGCGGAAUUUGUAGCGUUGUUGGUGUAAAUCAUUCGUAACUUGAGUUGAAUAACAAAACAUACUCGUUCAUU